CCUCUAACGUGUGACAUGCGCAUUAGGAGCACGAUUGCACAGGGGGCGCCGGGGCUCACCCAUUUGAAUUAACGAAGUCCCUCUGCAACGUGUUCGUUUCGUGAAGCGAUGGCCACCAGCUCGGUGGGGAACAGGGGCCCCGGGCAGGCAGAUAUGGUGGCACAAGUGGAAAGGAUGGUGUACCAGCUGUACCAGGGACAGGACUCAGAGUCCAGGAGUGUGGCCGACCAGUGGCUGCAAAGUCUCCAGAACUCCGAGCAGGCAUGGAGCCUCUCCUGGACCCUUCUACAGCAUCAGGAAGUUGCUGUGAGGAACUUUGGUGCACUCAUGCUGCAUAACAAGAUAUCUAAAUCAUGGUCAGAGCUGCCCAGAGAGCAGUACGAGGGACUGAGGGUGGAGCUAUUCUCAGAGAUAGCCCGCAGCUCAGGGCAAGGGCCGCGACUGGUCCUCAUUCAGCUGUGUCGCUGCCUGGUGGCCUUUGCCUUCGCCACGGUCCCAGACAUAUGGCCCAACACUGUAGUCUCCAUGGUGCACAGUCUUAGAGAUGCCACUCGCUCCAUACAGGAUUCCGACUUCCCCACCUCAGUUCUGCAACUCCUCACCAUUCUCCCCGAAGAGUACGAGAGGACAUCAGAGCAGAUGGUGGCUGCCAAGAGGGGAGCUAUACGGAGAGAACUAAAGAAUGGUCUUCCCACUGUGCUAUCUCUACUGGAGGAGGUGCUGGUGUCAGCUGGCUCUGAUGCCGUCAAAAUUGACGCAAUGAAGUGUUUCAGUAGCUGGGUUGAGUUUGGACUCCCCCUACCAGAGGUCCAGGGCUUCGUUGGACAGUUAUUACAGGGGCUCGUCAAUGACGAACUGUUCACUCAGGCCUGCAACACUCUGGCCGACAUAGUGUCAAAGGAAGAAUCCUUGAAGUAUGUUUAUGAGUGCAAUCUACAUACCAUCCACUCAUAAUAUGUAUAGCUUUAUCCAACUGUUUUUCUGCAUUCAUGAGGGACCUUUCAGCAUGGGGUGCAUACCGUCAGUGAUAGGGCCAUAUACUACUAAUCAAUGGCGAAUUGCUGUAACCUUCUUUUAUAAUAUGUUGUGCUAUACAUUAUUGUACUUUGUAGCUUUGCUUUUCCAUCAGCAACCCACCAGACCAGUAACACGAAAAUUGUACUUGUGUAGGAAUGCUAAAUAUGUCCCCAGCGAGAUUGGAGGAAACUCAAUUAGCAAAAUUACUGCCAGAAUUCAUAUUUGUUGAGAUAACUAAGUUAACCCUAACCCUGUUUGCAUAAUGUGUGUUAUUGCAAUUAAUACAGAUAUCCCACUGCACUCCGCAAUAUUCUGAGACAGGUGACUAAAC